CCCCCCCCUCCCCUCCUUUCUCCGCCUUCUUUCGUUUUCUUCCUUCUCCCGUCUGCCUGUCUGCAUCUCUCGGUCCAUGAACGAGCGAUCGUAAAAGCCUCGGUCGGUGCUGGAUUACUGCUGGUGGUGUAUACUAAGCUUGAUGCCCAGGAAAAGAUGCUAGCUGACGUGCCAUCGGUUUCACCAGGAUUUGUAGAUUGCCAGAUCUGAUCUGAUUCUGCGAGAACUCUGAGCUACCAAAGCUGCUUCGACUCGAAGCUCUAGCACUGCCCUAUCUUGCACUUUAAGAAGACUCGAUCGUCACGGAAAGAGCAGAGGGAGGUAUCAAAUUCCAUGGUAGCUCCUCAUGUUCUUGAGCGCAAGAAAUGAGUCUUCGGAGUCGGAGGACAUCCAAGAACUGAUCAACAGUGGCCUCACGUGCAACGCAUCUACGCCAGCCGACGACAUGGAGAGCGGCAGAGGCGGGGCACGAGCCGCCGGAAGCACGUCGUCUUCAUCGCCCCCGCCCAUGGUUCUGCCGUCCGAACAGAAAGCACGGUACAGCACGGAGGAGGAUCCCAGUCGUUGCAGCUGCAGCGAUAGCUUCUUCGGCAAGUACUUUUCAUUCCUCCUGCUCAUGUUCGUCACCGCGUCGCUGGUGAUCCUCCCGCUCGUCCUGCCACCGCUGCCUCCGCCUCCGUCGAUGCUGAUGCUGGUGCCAGUGGCAAUGCUGGUGAUGCUCCUGGUGCUGGCGUUCAUGCCGACGUCAGGCGGCCGCGGUGCGACGGGCCCGACUGCCUACUUGUAGAUAACUAGUACGUCCUUUCCUUGUUUGUUCUUUUGGAUUUUGUGAUAGGGUAGUCAUGGAAUCAAGUUUAUGCCCAUCAAUUGAAGCCUUGAAGGUACCUGCUGCUUUUCCCGGUAUACUAAAUGAGGAUUUAUCA